AUGACAUCAAGAGCCAACCCGAACCCGACCCCCAAUGGAACCGCAAACGGCGAGCACAGACAGCGGGGUACACCGCCACGACCACCGCCGUCGUCGUCAAACCCCCAUAACAGCAACCACCACCCCUACUACCCAACGACGUCAUCUUCCUCCUCCAACUCAGCCUCCUUCAAAGGCUGCUGUUGCUGCCUCUUCCUACUCUUCUCAUUCCUCGCCCUCCUGGUCCUCGCCGUCGUACUCGUCAUUGUCCUCGCCGUCAAGCCCAAGAAGCCGCAGUUCGAUCUCCAGCAAGUCGGUGUACAGUACAUGGGCAUCAACUCACCCAAUCCCACCCCCGCCGCCGCCGCAACCGCCGACCCCAACCAAAACCCUACAUCCGCCUCCCUCUCGCUCAGCAUCCGCAUGCUCUUCUCCGCCGUGAACCCUAACAAGGUCGGGAUCAGGUACGGCGAGUCCAGGUUCACCGUCAUGUACCGCGGGAUCCCAUUGGGCAAGGCCUCCGUGCCCGGGUUCUUCCAGGACGCGCACACUGUACGGCAAGUCGUCGCCACCAUCUCCGUCGAUCGAGUCAAUUUGCUUCAGGCCGACGCCGCCGAUUUGAUCCGAGACGCUUCGCUCAACGACCGCGUCGAGCUCAGGGUCUUGGGUGACGUUGGCGCCAAGAUCCGCGUCUUGAACUUCGAUUCCCCUGGCGUUCAGGUGUCCGUGGAUUGUGCAAUUGUUAUAAGUCCAAGGAAGCAGUCUCUUACUUACAAGCAGUGUGGAUUUGAUGGAUUGAGUGUCUAG